CUAUUAUGAGUGAACAUAUUGAAGAGAAUAUUUAUCCUACAACAUUAUUAACAAUAAAAAUCUAUGGUGAUAUCUAUUACAGUACUCAGACUACAGAAGGUGUUGUAAAAUUCUUUGAGGAUCUUGAUCGUUCAUGUAUUGAUGGACAAAAAUGGGCUUAUACUGCAAAAACUACCUGUAAUUAUGCAACAACUCUAAGAUCAAAUACAUGGUUGGCAAGAUCUAACUCCUCUCUUGAUCAAAUUGCCAAAAUAAUGUUCUGUUGGUCUCAUAAAUUACCACAAAAAUUUGCAGUUGUUGAGACCAAUGUUAGCGCACAUAUAAUGGUUGACUGA